AUGGACGCCGCGUCUGUCGAAAUCAACGAUGGCGUGUUCUGUGCGGAACACCUCCGGGAAGUGUGUGAGGAUUGUGGUGCAGAUUUUCGCGAGGAGAACGACGCAUUCUACGGAUUCGAUACCGCUGAUCGAGAUCCCCUCAGCUGUCCUUCGGCCUCACAAAAUGGGGACGGAGUUUAUGAGUGCAAGAAGCAUCACAGCGGCAGUACGUUCUCGUCAUCUCUUCAUGCUUUUCUUCUUGAAAUGCAGACCCAGCUAACCAGUCCCGAACUUGCAGCUUGUAGUCAGUGCUUCUCGUGGAAGAAACAGAUUAUGAGGGCCAGGCACGCGGCGAAAGCUGAGGGGAGAUGA